AUGAGUCUGAAGAAAGCAAGGAUGGCUCAAUCUAUCUUCGCCUCGUCCCUUUUGUUAUGGGGUGCGGCAGCUGCGACGCUGACAUUUACUGUUCCAUCGUCGCCGCCAUCCAAUUCAAGUAAACAAUUAUCAGCAGCCCCUGUCGGUGUCUCGCUCGAAUUCUUUACCUUUCCGGCGUACAUGGACAAUGUUACGGCAACCACCACCUGUCUUGAGAACCUGAAAGACUUGACGGGAACAUGGCCGCCUCUUCGAAUUGGAGGCACAACCCAGGACCGUGCCACGUAUGACCCGUCAUUGACCCAGGCAGUCAGCUAUACCGUUGCUAGCGCGACCGAUGCCCCGACCUCCCUCACUUAUGGGCCAUCGUUCAUUUCACUGGCCGCAAGCUACGGCGGAGAAAUAAUUCUUGGUCUCAACCGUCGUCUAAAUAAUAUCUCCAACACUAUUUCUGCAGCAGAGCUUGCUCAAAGCCAAGCGACUAGACUGUAUGCCAUUGAGCUAGGCAAUGAGCCAAACUUCUACACGAGCAGUGAUCCCAUUGCUGGCGGUGCAUCUUGGACUGCUGCAGCUGACUAUGCCUCCGAGGUUCAAUGGCAGGAUGAAGUCUGCGGGAAUUUGUCCGUAACAGAUAGAAUAUCGGCCGGAGUAUUCUUUGGCACUUCUCCCAUGAGCAUAGCCGGAUUGACUGCGGUUGAAGGAACUGCGAACAACUACGUCAAGACAUAUUGCUCACACAACUAUCCCCAGUCAGCCAGCACGGCCAACUUGGCCACUCUUAUGGGACAUAGUAGUAUCAAGUCUCAGAUCAGUGGAUUCCCAUCAGAGAUUACUGCAGCUGCCAAUUUGGGUAAACCACAUAUUUUCGGCGAAACAAAUUCUGCAACCCAAGGUGGAGGCGGCAUCAGCCCGACAUUUGGAGCAGCCCUUUGGAUUUUGGACUACGUUAUGCAGACCGUGAUUCUGGGCACACAGGCUCUCUACUUCCAUCAAGGCACUAUCGGAAACUGUCAGUACUGUUGGUGGGGAAGAUACGACAUGGGCGCUCCCUACUACGGUGCUUAUUUCGCAACCAUGGCCCUAGCCGGCGCCGACUACAUCGCACCACUAGACAGCCAAACUACGGCUUAUGCAGCAUAUGCGAUUUACAGCUCUGAAUCACCCGUCAAGGUCCUACUGUAUAACUCCGACUACUAUACCACCGGAACACGUUCGUCGCAGACGUUCGUUCUUUCGGGCCUCUCUGCGUCGACCGUCACUGCAAAGCGUCUCACGGCUCCGUAUGCCACGUCCCGAGUUGACCAGGGUAGCAAUCCGACUGUUGCUGGCCAGACAUUCGCGAAUGGAACCUGCGUCAUUCAAGGUACACAGACUGUUGAGACGGCUACUGUCUCUAGUGCGAAGGCGACUUUCACCGUGUCGGCUUCUGAGGCUCUCCUAGUCUAUUUAUAG